AGUAUGCUCCAUCUUCAGAUUUUGGCAGUUGUGUUUUCUCUAAUCCCAAUUUUCUUCUUCGUUCUCGCGAUCACACCUAGUAGUUUUUUCGAUGGCCAUUGUAUGAGAUAUGGUGAUCCUACCUUCAAUUCCAAAAACACCAGCAGUGACCGUCGCCCAUCCACUUGCGGGGGCACCGACAUCAAUUUAAAGUGCCCGUUUCAAUUUAGUGGUGAUGAUUUGUGCCCUGAACAUGAUGUUAUUGAAUUCUCUUGUGAAAACAAUCGCAGUGUUCUAUCCUUGAGUGUUGGUUCCUAUCCGGGGAGACAACAGUAUAACUUUUCUGUGGAGCUAAACAGUAUUGAUUAUGAGAAAAGGACACUUCGUAUAUUCGAUCCUGGGGUGCAAAAGAACAACUGUUCUACUCUGCCAGUCAACCCAUUAAGUCCAGACGACGACUACUAUCAACCUGAUGCAGGUUAUGAGAUGGAGAUUGAUCCUGAUACUGGUUCGUUGGUCUUUGUGAGCUGUAAACAUCCUGUGAAAUCGAAAUAUCAUCCUCUUUACGUAGACACUGCUUCCUGUAAUAUCACUGCAAACCAUCUAUAAGACAGCUGCUGCAGACCUGCGGUGUCUCCCUAAUGUAAUAGCAGG